UCUCUGUUUUCAGUAAACUAGCAAACCACUUCAGUUUGUGAUCGUUAUUAUGGCACAUAACAUUCCAACAUUUGGCGUCAUAACAUCAGUCCUAACAAGAUUUGAAGGACGCUUUGGACAGUCUGAACCAGAGCCAAAUCGUGGCUUUGUAGAAAUUUCGGCAACAGAUGUUUUUGCUCCGACGGUGAAGAUGGAAUUUGAGAGAGCAACAGUCAAUCCCAACUUUAUUCACUUUCGAUUUUGUUAUAGCAACAGGUACUGGUCACUCCCCAGUCCAACCUCAUCGUCAAUUGUUGCAGUGUCCGACCAAAAAAAUGAAGAUACAUCCCAGCAGACAUGUACAUUGUUUGAGCCAGUUUUUGAUGCACAGACAGCAACAUAUUCCAUCAGAUUCGUUCACAAUGGAAGGUUUGUGCGAGUAACGAACGGCAACCGCAGAGUCAUUACAGAUAAUCUAGGCCCAGGAGGUGUGGAUCAGUUCUUUCGUUUCAAUUUGACCGAGUGGGAUACAUUCAUAAAACUGCCCAAGUAUAUAACAUUCAGAGGACAUAAUAACAAGUUCCUCAAGCCUUUCACGCGGCAAGGAGUCGUCUACCAUUCAUUCUCAUCGGACGAAAGCAAUGACCGUGAAACGGCCUACGAGGUCAUUGAGAUUGGAGAUGGACAUGUCCGCAUAAGGCCUUUAGCAUUAGAAACAGAUCAGGUCUUGAGACGCAAUCGUGAUGAUUGGAUUGGGCUAUCCAUACCGGAUCGUACCCGUGAAACUUUGUUUUGGCCGGUCAAGGUUGGUGGUCGCAUAAUUGCUCUUCGCAGCGCAGGCAACGACAGAAUAUGUAGAAGCCUUACACAGGGGAAUAUGACAGAUUGCCUCACUGCUCAGGCUACCGGACUCAUUUCACAAAGUAGACUCACAGUGAGUGAACUAGUUAUGGGGAGGCGAAUCUAUGAUGUUGUUUAUCACAUGGACAAUGCUCGGAUCUACGGUCACAGAGCUGUCGUAACAGGAUCUGGCCGAUCUACUAACAGCGGAACAGAAGAAGCUACUCAAACUAUUAGCAUUUCGUUUACGGAUACUAGCUCUUACACUUUUUCAAAUAGCAACUCGUUAUCAACAGGUGUUACUACCUCUGUUACUGCUGGUUUUGGAAGCAUCGUGUCGAUGGAGGUAGGCAUCCAAAUAUCGUCUGAGCAAACUGUUUCAGUGGAGGUAGGAGAAGAAGUGUCGAGAUCAGUCACCACAGAGACUUCAUAUACAACACCUGUGCCGCCAAUGAGCACGGUAAUAGUAAAUUAUGUGGCAACGGAAGGAAAGUGCGAUAUUCCUUUCUCCUACACUCAGCGAGAUCAGGAUUCUGUUGAUGGGAGUUUUCGUUUUAGUAAUAAUAACGAUGGUGUUUAUACUGGUGUCAAUUAUUUCAGCUUCCACUUUGAACAACCUCAGUUUAGAAGCCUGCAAGAGACUGAGAGUGAUUAAUAUCCCAGUGCUGUGUUUUUUUUUUAUAAAUCUGUUGUCUCUUUCUUAUUGUAACUGUUUCAUCCACGUUCUGCUUGCUAUGUUGCUGUUAGCCGACUCUGUACUUUAUUGUUUCAGAUCAAUGUUAUAUUAUUGCUACUAUCAAAA